GCUAAACGUUAUUCCAAGUACUAAAUCUGAAAUCUCAUAAUAAUAUAUUGUUUUCUCAGCUAAACAUAAUUAAGAUCAAAGUAACCUAAAAGGAUGGUGCCUAAGGUCUACGGCAGCUUGAUGUCACCGGCGACGUUGAGAGUUAUUGCAUGCCUCAAAGAGAAGGAGCUCAAGUACGAACUUGUCCCGGUUAAUUUGCAGGCCGGAGAACACAAAAAAAAACCUUUCCUCCUACUAAAUCCCUUUGGUCAAGUGCCAGCUUUCGAGGACGGAGAUGUGAAGCUCUAUGAGUCACGAGCAAUAACCCGAUACAUUGAACGCACAUAUGCUGAUCGUGGGAGCCAAUUGGUCCCUAAAGAUUUCGAUAAUAAAGAAUUGGCGAUCAUGCGGGUGUGGAUGGAGGUUGAGGCUCAGCAUUUUGAUAAGGUGGCAUCUAAGCUGGUCUUUGAGCUCAUCAUAAAGCCAAUGACCGGCAGAGUGAGCGACGAUGCUGACGUGGCACGACAUGAGAAUGCGCUCACCAAGGUUCUCGACGUGUACGAGAAACGACUUAAGGUGUCAAAAUACUUGGGCGGGGAAUAUUUUACAUUGGUUGAUCUUCACCACACACCUAUCAUAAGUCAACUCAUGGGUACUAAAGUGAAGGAUAGUUUUCAAGAGCGUCCACAUGUUGCUGCUUGGGUUUCUAAACUCUUGGCCAGACCUGCUUGGGCUUCAAGUUCCAACUCUUCAUCGUUUCUCUUGUGUUUUGAGUGUUCCAUCUAUGUCAUAAUAUUCUGUGUUAUGUUGUACGUACUCUGUAUAUACUUGAGCACAUUUAAAUUUCUCUUAUGUGAAUUUGUACAAUGGCAUUUUACUAUCUGAAAUUAUGUUGUGGGCUUUAAAAAAUAAUAAUACCAUAUACUUAAAUAUGUGAAAUGAUUGGCUCUACUAUUGGUUUAUAAGUCUACAUAUCAAUAAGAUUCCGUUUAC